CAACGCACGCAGAUAUUAGUUGUGUGCUGCUUCGACAGGACUUGAUUGAUCUUUGAAGACGGAUACGGAAGAAGGGAAAAAGAAAGAAAAAAAUAAUCACAACUGCAUAAGCAUAGCCAUAUAAAGAGAGGCGGGGGAAAAGAAGAAGAGAUAUUCAGGAUGUCUACGCAAAGACAAAUCACCCCUCCUCCCCCCGUUCUUACACAAACCCUCCCCAGACUUCUCGUUCCCCUCGUUGCCCUCCUCUUGUCCACCUUCGCCGCCUUCAUAAUCGCCAUCAGCGCCAAUCUUACAAACCUGAUUUCACUCUGGACACAAUGCUCCUCUUCCCCCGCUCCCUCUUCCUCGUGGCUAGCCCUGGCGGGUAGUACCCAGGCAGCCCUGCGCGAGUUGCUCUGCUUCGGGGUGCUCUUUUUCCAGACAGCCCUGGACUCAACCCUUGCGCGGCUCGAGAUGGCAUGUAUCGUCGCCUUCCUGGCUGCCCUCGCUACUGUCACGGCGAUAGAGGCUGCGAGAGCCCGUGCGGACGAGGAACGAGAGCAGCGGCAGCGAGCUAGUGAUUCCGGGAAGGAAAAGCCGGUGAUGAUGGCGGCGGAGGACGACGACAACAACAACAACAACAACAGAGGAGGCCAUGACCAGCAUCACCACCGCCACCAUCACCUGUGGAGCCUGAGGGCCGUCCGCAAUCUCACUGUCCCCUGGCUGCUCUACAACCUGGUCCUCGGCGCCAUCGCCUGGCAGACUAUCAUCAUCCCGGCUUUCAUCACCCGGCAGUCUUCAUCCGCUUCUACUACUUCCCGGCGGCGCAACACCCUGGGCCAAAGACUGUUACCCAACCGAGCGGCAGGCACCCGCCGUAGUCUCGGACUCGGCCCCGGGCGACCCCGCCUCGCCAUCGCAGCUGGUACCCUCUUUGGGGUCCUCGCCCCCGGAGCACUGCUUCUCCUCCAGCCCCACGCACCAUCACCUACGGUCAUUCUGGUCUGGCUCCUCUUUCCCGUCUGCGCCAGUCUCGUCCGCUACCUCGUCCGACUGCCUAUCGUUGCUGGCCACCACCACCACCACCAUCAGCAGCAGUCCAGCAGCACAAGGACCACAUCCUCUUCUCCCUCCAUGGCUCUAGCCUACGCCAUCCCGAUCCUCUGCUCCGCAGCCUCCCAUGCCCUCCUCCUUACCCACCUCUUCCUCCUCCUCCGCACCACCACCACCGCCGCCGCCGCCGCCACCACCGCCACAGAUGACCACUCUUCUUCCUCACCAACCCGUUCCGCCCUCGUGCUCCUCGAGGUCGAUCACACCGCCCUCCUGCUCACCUUCCUCUACUGGGUCUACGCCGAGGCGGGCGGUCGUGCCGUGUACCUUGCCAUCGCCUCGUCGCUUCUGCUUGGGCCUGGGGCGGGCGUCUGUCUGGGCUGGCUGUACCGGGAUCACGUGCAUGCCAAGUUGAAGGAGGAGGAGGAGGAGGUGAAUGAGUCGGGACGUCGUGAUGGUGGUGAUGCUUCUUCCAAGGCGAGCCCGAGGCCUAGGAGGAGGGCGACGACGGGGCACUUCUUUGAUGGGCCGUUGGCGUGAGUCUGGAACUUGGUUGAUUAUUCACGAGGAGCAAGAGAGAUAAGCAGACAGACACACAGAGAGAGAGAGAGAGAGAGAGAGAGAGAGAGAGAGAGAGGCUCCAACAAUGAGCCGAGGUAUGCCGCGGAUGACACCAUCUUCAUGCUCGCUGCUUUCAUCGACCCUUUUUUGUUUUCCCUUCCAUGUCUUUCUUUUUCUUCUUCUUCUUGCUGGUUUUCCCCCACGACCUAAAGCCGUCCACACUUAAGGACGGAGGAUCGGGCCCUCGUGUCCACCGACAUAGAAAGUCAAGGUUGCCAUUCUGUUGUUGCUGCUGCUGUUUCGCUACCGGGGAAAUUGAAGGGAGAGGGUUCCGCCAUCCAAUAAAUUGGGGCCACAGACGGAAGGAGCCAUUUUGAUAUGAUGUGAUCUUUCAUGUACCUUAACCCUGCGCUAGCGACCCUGCCAGAUAGAACAUUUACAUAGUACAGGGCCAGGCUGUUACUUGCCCUCACUCUGCCACACCUUUCAAUGAGACUAUGAUCCGCCGUACCG